GCGUCAGCGGAAAUUAUUUUGACGUCAUAUCGUCAAACCGAUUUGGAGUUGUGUUAACAACAAAGUAAAAUAAUAACGCACAGCCUAGCACAAAAAACAAAACAAUCGCUUAUAAUGGCUUUUUUGGAAGAACCUCGGCCUAAUUCACCAAUCGAUAGUGAAAUGGAAGACAAUCCAGCAAACAAUAUUCGGCCAUAUCAGUUUGAGCCCGAAUGGCCGGCUGAUGAACACAGAAGCUCACCAGUUUGAGGAUGAACCUCGGCGCGACAAUCUUGAAUGGUGUCAAUGUGGUAACUGCCAAAUAAUGGACAAUAAUGAGGAAUGUUUAUGCUGCAAAGAGAUUUCCAAUAUUUGUGACAAAAAUUUCGAGGCAGUAGAAACGAAUGAGACCACCGAAGUCCCUUUGUGCAUUACACAACAUCCUGGUUUUGAGCCGGUUUGUCUUAACAUGUCGGUUUUACAAACAGCUUGGUACCUGUACAAGCAGCAAUAUGAGGUAGCAUAUGAUGGGCCCGAAGACAAACUGUACCGCCAUAUUGCAUAUAGACAGUUGACACGAUGGUGCUGGGGUAUCUUGGGUAGAGAAGUAAGAGUCGUCUUGCCAUCAUGUGCAGUUACUUGCAUUAGAGAAACAUUUCCUCCACCUGGCCCUGCAGAGGAAUUUCAAUUUGAAGGCUUCCACUAUUUUGGUUUUGCUAUGUUAAUAUUUAAGAAUGAAUGUACAAAAGUUGUCUUCACUGAUUCAACAUCAUAUUAUAUGGGCAUGGCAAAACCUAGCAUCACCACUGACAUUUUAUGCAAAUCUAGACUGAUGUUCCUUUACAAGUACUUCUUU